GCCUGGGAGCUGUACUUAUAGACAAACAUUCAAUGACAGACCAGCAGCAGGAAAUAAACAACCAUGUUCAGCGAAAGAUAGCAGUAGAUGAAGAAAACGGUUUAAUGAAGAAAGAGCUGGCUAAUUUGAAGCAACAAUUGGAGGAUAAAAAUCAUGAACUUAAGGAUGUUAAGGUGCAAACCAAGAAGAAAGAAUACGAACGCCGACUUGUUGUGAGGAAUGUGGAGGAGGAAAGGAAAGGAUUAAACACACGCUGCUCUGACCUGCUAAGUGACCUGGAGAAAGUGCAGAAGCAGGCAGCCCAUUGGAAAGAGGAGAAAUCUGGCAUUGAGUCAAAAGUACAGGCAAAACGAAAGAAGAAAGUGUAAAAUGAAGGGACUUCCUGGGCAGGAGAGCUAAAGGGUUUCCAGCACUUUUCCUUUCUUUUCUUCUCACAUAUGUUCUGGGAAGGUUAAAAAUAAAUGCUUUUUUUAAAUUA